AUGGCUCCGAUCGCUUCCAGCCGGGAAGAAUUUGAUGAAAUCCCCACAGUAGUGGGGAUCUUCGGUGCAUUUGGCUUGGUCUUCACAGUCUCUCUGUUUGCAUGGAUCUGCUGUCAGAGAAAAUCAUCCAAGUCCAACAAGACUCCUCCAUACAAGUUUGUGCAUGUGCUGAAGGGAGUUGAUAUUUACCCUGAAAACCUAAACAGCAAAAAGAAGUUUGGAGCAGAUGAGAAAAAUGAAGUAAAGAAUAAACCAGCUGUGCCAAAGAAUUCACUGCACCUUGAUCUUGAGAAGAGAGAUCUAAAUGGCAAUUUUCCCAAAACAAAUCUCAAAGCUGGCAGUCCUUCUGACCUGGAGAAUGUAACCCCAAAGCUCAUUCCAGAAGGGGAAAAAGAGGCAGUUUCCCCUGAGAGUUUAAAGUCCAGCACUUCUCUUACCUCAGAUGAGAAACAAGAGAAGCUGGGAACCCUCUUCUUCUCCUUGGAGUACAACUUCGAGAAGAAAGCGUUUGUGGUGAACAUCAAGGAGGCCCGUGGCUUACCAGCCAUGGAUGAGCAGUCCAUGACCUCUGACCCAUACAUCAAGAUGACGAUCCUCCCAGAGAAGAAGCAUAAAGUGAAAACCAGAGUUCUGAGGAAGACCCUGGACCCGGCUUUUGAUGAGACCUUUACCUUCUAUGGAAUUCCCUAUACCCAGAUCCAAGAAUUGGCCUUACACUUUACAAUCUUGAGUUUUGACAGGUUUUCAAGAGAUGAUAUAAUUGGAGAAGUCCUUAUUCCUCUCACAGGAAUUGAAUUACCUGAUGGAAAAAUGUUAAUGAACAGAGAGAUUAUCAAGAGAAAUGUUAGGAAGUCUUCAGGACGGGGUGAGUUACUGAUCUCUCUCUGCUAUCAGUCCACCACAAAUACUCUCACUGUGGUUGUUUUAAAAGCUCGACACCUGCCUAGAUCUGAUGUGUCUGGACUUUCAGAUCCCUAUGUCAAAGUGAACCUGUACCAUGCCAAAAAGAGAAUCUCCAAAAAGAAGACUCAUGUGAAGAAAUGCACCCCCAAUGCAGUGUUCAAUGAACUGUUUGUCUUUGACAUUCCCUGUGAGGGUCUUGAAGAGAUAAGUGUUGAAUUUCUGGUUUUGGAUUCUGAAAGGGGAUCCCGAAAUGAGGUGAUCGGGCGGUUGGUCCUGGGAGCAGCAGCAGAAGGAGCCAGUGGAGAGCACUGGAAGGAGAUCUGUGACUAUCCCAGGAGACAAAUCGCCAAGUGGCAUGUGCUCUGUGAUGGUUAG